GAACCAACGUCGUAUUUUUGAGAACUCGCAUCAACAUUUAUCUGAAGGAAUACUGACAAAUCGAUUAUUUGUUCCUUCUUCAACACCAGGAUAUCAUGCUUGUAGCCCGAAGUAGCACUGGUUGUUGGACUUGUCGACUUCGAAAGAAAAAGUGUCACGAAGAACAGCCCACGUGUUCGACGUGCAAUUCACUUCGCAUCAUUUGCCACGGCUAUGGUGAGAAACCCAGUUGGAUGGAUGGAGGGUCUUCGGAGAAGGCAGAAUCGGAGAGAAUCAAAAAAGUCAUAAAACAGAACAAGAAACACAAAAGAGCGAUAGUCAGUCCAGUUGUGCCAAAUAAUGACCCAGGAUCCACGCCAAUUGGCGACACCUCGAUGAAAGAUGCAGAGCCAAGCGAAGCAACCCAGAGUCCAUCGUGCGUGAGCUGCUCACUAACUACCAUGAUGAACGACUAUAAUGGGAGAGAGGCGACCCUCUUGAUGCAUUAUCUAGAUGUCGUCUUUCCUCUCCAAUUCAGAUUUUACAGGCCGUCGGUCUCUGAAGGUGGUCGUGGCUGGCUUCUGAGUAUCUUAUUACAUACUAAGCCACUGUAUCAUGCUGCUCUGAGCUUAAGCGCAUAUCACCAAAGCGCUAUGUACUCUGGUAAUGGAUCUAAUGCUAGUGAUAAUAUACUUGUAGAUCUUCAGAGGCACCAUUCUUUGGCAUUAGUUGGCCUUAGGCAACACAUUGAUCGGCUCAGUUUGGAAAUUGGUAUGGGCAAUGUAAAUACUAAAGUUGAAAUCCUUGCCUGUAUGAUCUGUUUGAUUUCAUUUGAGAUUUUGAAAGGGGAUAGUAAUGACUGGCAAACCCAUUUGCAGGCCGCAAGAACCAUUUUCAUGAGUCUUAAAGACAAUUUUCUUUGUCCAUUGAACAACUCAAAUGCAGUACAGGAGCUAGGAGACUCCCAAAACUCCGAUUCCACCGCUCUUUCUUUGGAUGAAGAAUUAGCACUAGAAUUCUUUUCGAUGGCACUGAUAUGGUUUGACUGUUUAUCUUGCGUGACAAUAGGUGCGAAUUCAGAGUAUGCUGAUGUUUACCCUUCUAUUCUGCGCAUAGAGAAUGGCAAAAUCCAACUUUGUAAGUUGAUGGGAAGUCAGAAUUGGGUGAUGGUUGCUAUAAUGGACAUUGCGCUCUUGGCUGAGUGGAAAAUCGCGCGAGAGGGUACGGGCGAUCUGAGCCAAUCUCAGCUAGCUAGGCGCGCAGCUUGUAUCGAAGAUCAACUUGAAACUGGCAUGCAAGAAAACAGAGCCCGUCAAAUUGGCGACAAUUCUGAUCCGUGUGGCGUUCGAGCUCAAGAAAGUCAACAUGUCACUCACAUAUUCGCAUGUGCUGCAAAGGUCUAUUUAUACGUUGUCCAGUCUGGUGGAUACCCUAAAAUUCCCGAAAUCAAAGUCAGCGUACUGGCAGCCCUGAAAGCCUUCCAAGAUCUUCCCGAUGGUCAAUGGAUACGCCACCUUGUAUGGCCUUUUUGUAUUGUUAGCUGUAUGGCAGACGCAGAGAAUGAAGAUGAAUUUCGAAAGAUUGCUAGUUUGGCGAAUACGGAUCGAGAGAUCUUCUGUAACUUUCAGAAUGCAGCAUCGAUCAUGGAAGAGUGUUGGAGAGUUCGUAAGAGCCAAAUUUCCAGUUCCUGUAGCUGGGAAACAGCCAUGUCCAGUUUAGGGGUCCAGACUCUUCUUGUCUGAUAAGUGAUCUUUUUUAUUCACGUCUUUACCACAGCUCUAGCGAGAGGUGUUGAGUGGGGUCUUCUUGGCGAUAUUUAGAAUACGGCAGGUCAUAAACCAACUGCGCGCUAUGCUUGCAUCAUAUUUGUCCUCACAGUAACAAUUUUUUUGGACUCAGAGGUUUCUAGGAUUUCGGGACGAAGUGACCUUCCGGUGGAACUCUUGAGUGGUUGAUAGCAUGUAUAUUCCUGUAGGACUGCAAAUUUCGGUAUCACAUGUUAUAUUUGGUGAGCUUUGUGUUUCAACAAGUAACAUUUCUUACAUCAUGUGCUCGAUUUUUCAAUACGAAACACUCGAUUCAUAGAGUUUAAAAAGAAAUGCUACUAGAAUCUCAUAAGAACAAUUCGUUUUAUUAGGACACUUGCUUUCCUCGACAAGGAAUCAGUCGGUUGCUCGAAGAGCCAAUUAUUAGUUGCAAACCGCCUCAAGCAUUUAGAACACUUUCAUGCGAUCUAAACAGCAAACCUCAUAAAAUCUUGUGCACAGAGAACCAAUAGCAAAUAUCAGGCGUCACCAGCA